UGGGAUGGCCGAACUAGGGAGGGAGGCCGAUAGUACGGCGCAAGACUUGUAACUGGCUGGUCGCGUCAACGACUGUUCGCCGCGUUCGAACGCGAUGCCGCGUCUGUUUACCGAACUUUUCGAAUUUGAAAUUGGAAUCCUAUUGGAAUAAAAAGUAACGAUUAAUACAGUACCUACCUAUGCGGAUGAUAAUAGUGUUACCAGUGUAAUAAUAAACAUGUAAAUUUAAUCGAUGGUAUGAAAAUUAAGUGUAAUUCAGUGGCAGUAUGGUGGAUGUUGGUGCUAAUGAGUGCGAUAACACUAUAAAUGGAAGAAACCAAUUCGUGUUCUUUGUACUUGUGCAUUUGCUUUUGAUUGGACUGAACGGAACCAAUGCUCAAAACCGUGCACCCCGCAUCAAGGAGCACCCUUCAAACACUGUCUCGGGCCGCAGCGAGCCCGCUACGCUAAGAUGCGUGGUGGAAGGAAGACCGAAACCUCUAGUCCAAUGGUUCAAGGAUGGCAUCCCACUGCCGCCGGCUGAAGAUGGUCAUAGAGUGCUAUUAGAAGACGGACUACUAUUUCUGAGAGUAAAUCGAGGCAAGAAGGAAAGCGAUGAGGGAGUGUAUUGGUGCGUGGCACGGAACCUGGCAGGCGAGGCUGUCAGUCGCAAUGCUUCUCUCAAUGUUGCUGUGAUUCGUGACGACUUUCGAGUGGAACCUAGAGACGUGCACGUAGCAGCCGGCGAGCCAGCGGUACUGGAAUGUUCUCCCCCUAAAGGAGUUCCAGAGCCGUCUGUGCAUUGGCUGAAAGAUGGGAAUUUAUACGACGUGGAAGUCAACGGAAGGGUGACAGUAACGGAAAGUGGUAGUUUAAAAAUAUUAGAAACCCUGCCAACCGACAGCGGGCUGUACAGAUGUGUGGCGUCCAACAUAGCCGGCGAGAGGCAAUCGAGACAUGCAGCAUUAAUAGUUUUAAGGAGACCUCACUUCGUAGUUAAGCCUAGUAAUAUUACAGCUCUUAUUGGGCAGACUGUCGAAUUUACUUGCCAGAGCUUCGACUCGAAUGUUAAAAUAUCAUGGGUGAAGGAAGAUGGCAUCUUACCCGCUCAUGCGACUGUAACGCGCGGGAUGUUGCGUUUGGAACACGUGUCCCCAACAGACAUGGGCACUUACUCGUGCCGAGCCGACAGCCAUGCCGGCUCCAGCACCGCUAGUGCCACGCUAACAGUAUACACGCUACCCCACUUCACACAGAUACCGUCCAAUCUUACCGCAUGGGAAGGCGAUGUGGUGUCCAUUCCUUGCGAAGCUAAAGGCUUGCCCACGCCAACGACGUUUUGGAUAUUAGAGGGAAACCAAGAUUCAUUAUUAUUUCCUGAAUGCAUGAAAAGCAACUCAAGCUUGCUGUACUUGGAUGGAGCGAAAGCUGAACACAGUGGCAGAGUUAUUUGCACAGCUGUCAAUUCUGCUGGUAGCACUAUGCAGGAAGCUUAUCUUACUGUAUUGAGAAAAGGACACAACGAAUUAAAAUCGGAGGAAGACGAAAUUAAGGAUGAUUUUCGACGAGGCACUCGUAUGACGCAAUAUGAACUUUUGCAAGCUAGGAAAUUUCUGCAGCAGAAUAUCUUGGUAUUGAAAAGAUUAGAAACGCUAUCUUCUAGUUCACUUAAAGUCGUGUGGGACGUUUUAACCGACUACAAUGAAUAUUUAGAGGGAGUUAAGAUUUGGUAUAACAGCACUUCCUUAAAUUGGCGUAACGCUACUGAUGAUGAAGUCAUAGUAUUAAACACAUCGUACGCACAGUCCAUGAUAUGCUCAAAUGGCACUCUAACAGACGUUGAUAACAGCGGGUCGUCAAGCUACAUCCUCUCUGGACUCUUACCUUAUACGCAGUACGAUGUGUUCCUGUUGCCAUUUUAUAAGAAUUUAUUGGGAAAACCUUCGAACAUAAUGCCUGGAUACACCGAUGAAGAUGUGCCGUCGGCUGCUCCUCAGGCGGUGACGGCGGGGGUCAUAAACGCGACUUCGGCGUGGAUUCGGUGGGAGCCACCACCUGCGGCAACGUGGAAUGGAGAACUAACUGGCUACCUGAUUGAAAUCCGGGUUGGCGGGGCAGCUGGAGGUCGGGUGGUAGGACAGAUGUCGUUAGGCGCGCGCACGCGCGCGGCUGCGGCCAGCUCCUUGCGCGCAGGCGGGCGCUACAGUGCGCGCGCCGCUGCCGUCACACGCCGCGGCCACGGGCCUUUCAGCGCGCCCGCGCAUCUACACAUGCUGCCCACACAUACCCAGAGACAAUACGUGCAAACUGAACCACCAAAAGAUUCGAAUAUAUCGACAAUCUUUCACGAGACAUGGAUCAUCGCACUCGGGUUGAUUCUGUCUUCGAUUAUUGUGAUUGGUGUAUUCAGCGUGUAUUAUAUCAGGCGACGCAACGGAAUACAGAGAAAGAAGUCUGCUGGUCAAUCGAUUGUCACGGCUCAACAGUGUCUAUUGAAUAAAGACACGAUCUGGCUGCGGGACCGCGCGGUAUUCGCUCCUUCAAACGACCCGACGUUAGAAGUUAGCAGUUGUCAUCAAAGUCUUUUGCAUACGGGACAAUCGAGCAACAUACUCAACGUGGAGCCUGAAUACUGUUUACCGCAGAACUCCAUUCAGGGCUUAGACGCGUCGAGUGUGGACAGACUGCGACGUGGGCCGCCCGAACCGUACGCGUCCAGCGCUAUUUACACCGAACUCAAUUUCAAGGACAAUAACGACAUCGGAGACCUGAGGAAUUGCUCAGAAAGACGAUCUCAUAACAAUAGCAUUGUUAGGUCGUGCAAUGGGAGCAUUCAGUAUUCCAACGGAGAAUGCUCUACUUGUUGCCAUAGUACUUCUAGUAGAUCAACGAAAGAUUACAGGGAGCCUAGGCAUGAUGUACAUAAUGAUGUGAAUGUAUUGGAGGAUGAUUGUACGUCUUGUAAUACUAAUCGUUCUGGAUCAAGAAGCAGACAGGACAAAAGUAAAGUGUGCCCGGCUACCGAUUUAGAAUACGACUACCCGCAGUGGCACUGGUUAGGGAGGGAGAACAGUUUCAAAAUCCCCAUUCAGACAGGCAGACAUUCGAAUGUGGCGCGCUCGGAGCAAGGCUGUCAAAUAAACCUGUGUGACAUACUGCCGCCGCCGCCAUAUGAGAGUCCAGAAAACAACAAAUAAACUAAAUGGAAACACGCUGAAGCGAAGAAUAAAUCAUUAUUUCACGUGGUAUUUAAGUCAAUAUUUAUUUUUUAAAUGACUAGGUCCAGAUUGUUAAAAUCAAUUUCGGUUAAAAAGCUGAGCAAUAAAAAUACAUGACGUAUCCAUUUGUACAAAAAAUAAACUGAAAUCUUUAUAAUCUUUUCCAACAACAUUUUACAUGUAGAAUUUAUAAAAAUACGAAUUUUGUAAUCGUUAAGUAGGUUUUUAGCCUGUUAAUAUACCUAGCUUUAUUGCAUAACUCAAAUUCCCAUUAAACACACUUUAAUAAAAAAAAUAAGGUUAAAUUCGAACGUUCACGGCAGCGGCUGCUGCUGUUGCACCGUUUUUGAAUUUGAUUCGACGAUCUAAUCGCGACAGCAAUGCAAUUAUAUCAGUAUUAUGUACCUAUUAAAAUCGCCCGCGUCAACGUUGCAACACCAACCAUGAUGCAGACGGAACUCGAAUGUCACUACUACUAUUGUUUUUGAGUUAUACAAAAAGGCGCCAAGUAGUGCUGUAGAACAAUUAUAGUGUCUGUACCUUUUAACGAAUAUCUACCUAAUAAAUGCCUACUUGUACUCCUAAUUCCUACCUACGUUCUAGUCAACAGUUAAGACUAGCCUUACCGUAUGAACAAUUCUAAAAACAAAUUCGAAAUAGGUACUGUACUUUUCUAAAAAACUUUUUUAUAUCCUAGCCUAAACACACUCAAGGUUGUUUCAUUCAUAAAUAUUUGUAAAGUAGAUUUAGCCACGCAUUUCACUGCCAUAUUAGAUUCAUUUAGUAAAUAGAAUUUGUAGUUUAAAAAUAUUUGACUGUGAUAUUUAUAUAUAAAAUCGUGUUUUAGUGUAAUUCUAAUAUGUAAUCAUAGUGUACGUAACUUUAGAACUUUCCAAUAAUUCAAAAUUUUAACCAGUAUUAGAAUACAGUGCACCUAAAAAGCUGUUAAUAUUUAAGACUCAUUUUUGAACUGUAAUCUCAAUAUCUUUAAAUCCCGUUGUGUUUAGAGCAGACACUCAAAAUAUAGCAAAUUUAUAAAUA